GGGUCUGGCCUCUUUUCCUCUUUUUUAUUUUUGGUUUAUUUUUGUGUAAACAAAAAGCUGCAUUUACUCUUUUUAAUAUUUUUCUUCAUCAACGACAACAAACGAACCGAAACAGAAACAAUAAAAAGGCAAUAACAACAUUAUUUCCUUCAGGAUGCUGCCGAUCCAGAUAUUCUCGAAAUCCACACAUAAACCGCUUAUAACCAACGCCCGCUACUAUACCACAACCGCCAGCAGCAGCACUGCCGCUAGCAACAACAGGAAUCGUCCAAAGCUCUCCUUUCAACAGUUUGUUCAGCGCGGAAAGGUCCUCGAAGCGUAUCGCAAGUAUAUGCGCUUGACCAAACGGAUUACAGACAAACCAUCCAGGAAGGAAAUGCGUGCUUGGAUUCGUGUUGAUUUCGACCGGUACAAGGAUCAGACUGAUCCUCAGCGUAUCGAUGUUCUCUUGGCUCAGGCCACCAGGCAAUACAAGGAGAUGGAAUCGGGCAUGUUUUCGAUGAUCUGAUGUUUAAAAUGAUAUAACCUUUGAUUUAUUUAUUUUUGAUUGAUGCAGGUGUA